UCCAUCGCUUGCCUGCGCGGCCUGAACCUCCACUUUCCAUUCUCAACCUUUGUUCACACACCCACCUUCUUCUCCCACCUACACCCACCAGCAAUACAAUCAACCGCCUUUGCAAUAGCGUGUUGCCUCGAUCAGUUUUCGCGCAAACUCAACCACACAAACCAAAUCAUACCCGACGAAUUUCGACACAAUGGCCGCCGAGAACGAGAACAUCGCGGCUGCCGUCCCUGAGGAGACCAAGGGCAAGGGUAAGGCUGUCGCCGCCGAGGAGCCCGUUGAGAAGAGCGACGCCAUGGAGGAAGAUGAGGAGUCCAGCGAUGAGGAAGAGAACAACGAGGUUGCCGAGGCUGGUAAGACAAACUUGUUGACGUGAACUGUACUGCAAUCGUGUGACUGACGUACGGGAAUUGCAGUCGAGGAGGA